UUAUUAAGUAACAAGUUUCUUUUCUAAAUUUCUGUCUACCAACAAAGAAAAAAUCACACCGACACAAAUCCAUAGUUCCAGACUCUCUUGCGUCUGUGUUACAGAGCAGAAGGCUAGGAGAGGAACAAACAAUCAAUCAUGGUGAACACAUUGGUAACAAUAUAUUUGCCCAUAUUGCAUGUUUUAGUAAAGCUUGUCGGAAUGAGACCCCACGAAGUGGAGAUUGAGCCAGGAACAGUUAUCCACUUCUGGGUUCCAAGAACCCACAAACCAAACAAGCCAGCUCUGGUUUUUCUUCAUGGUUUUGGACUAAAUGGUCUUGUAACCUGGCAAUUUCAAGUUCUAUCUUUAGCAAGAAAUUACGCAGUUUACGUGCCCGAUUUCCUCUUCUUUGGAAGCUCCAUCACCAAUAAGCCUGACCGAUCACCGGAGUUUCAAGCGGAGUGCAUGGCCAAGGGGUUAAGGAAGAUUGGUGUGGAGAAAUGCAGUUUAGUUGGUUUGAGCUAUGGUGGAAUGAUUGGUUUCAAGAUGGCGGAAAUGUAUCCUGAUUUAGUUAGAUCAAUGGUUGUUUCUUCUUCGGUCAUGGCUUUGACCGAGUCAAUUUCUGGUGAUAGUUUAGAUAGAAUUGGCUUCUCUUCUUGGAUACUCUAUUUGCUUCCUCGAACAGUUAAUGGUUUCAAACAAAUGCUUAACAUUGCUACCUACAAGCUUCCAUGGCUCCCUAAUUUUGCUUAUAAACAUUUUUUCGAGGUCAUGUUUAACCAUAGGAAGGAGAGAACUGAACUUCUAGAGGCAUUAAUCACAAGGGACAAGGAGUUUAGAAUCCCUUCUUACUCACAGAAUAUACAUCUAUUAUGGGGAGAGAAUGACAAAAUUUUCAAUCUAGAAGAUGCUUAUAACUUGAAGGAGCAAUUAAAAGGCAAAGCAACAUUACAUUACAUAGAGAAGGCAGGGCACCUGGUUCCACUAGAGCGACCAUUUGCUUAUAAUAGACAACUCAACAAGAUUCUUGCCUUGCAGUUGCAGGUUUAGUUUAGCGGUCUGAUUCAUGUUUCGAUUCUCCUCCUAAUACUCAGAAAGAGAGAGAGUUUGUGAUACAUUCACUUUCAAUUUGAAGAACAAUCAGCAUUGUAUUAUUGAUUUUGGUUUGCCUAAAUUUUAGUUUCAAGAAAGUGGGAUCGAUUUUCAUUUUAAAGAUUAUAAUCCCUGAUGGGUCUGUACCUUAGCAAUAGCUUUCUUGCUCUCUCUUCUUGUAUCUUUAGCAUAAGAAAGAAGUAAGCUCUUAACUGUUUUUCAA